AUGGAGGACGGUGCGGUGCAACUGGUGCCUGGGAGGAGCAUUGGUUUCAUGACACUUGGCUGCUCACUGCAUGAAAUACUGACAACGAUAAAGGCAGAGGUCCGGGCAUUUCCGAGGUUCCAGCUAUACCACGACGACUCGCGACCCAUCGCAUCUCCCGUUCACAUCGUUCUUCCAGAUAAUGGUUUGCGACUCCAGUUCGAUGGCCCAGACCAGCGAUUGCGAUUGAUCGAAGUGCUCGAUUUUACGAAAGCGAGGUUGAUCUAUAAGGAUGUAGAAGUGUACAAGCCAACGGAAGGUCAUGGAGGCAUAUCGACCGGGCCCUCAUCAGGGCCCAGAUUUAGACACAUAUAUGAUAAGCUACUAGGACCGACAUAUGGAGGAGAAUACAUGCCCCCGAAUAACGGCGAUAUCAGCGCGAACGGCACCUACAACCUCUCGUAUCCAGGUGUGGCGUUCAACUUCCCUGUGCAACAUGCCGCGUAUUCUCCCAAGAAGGACUUCAUAUCCUUGCUAUCAUCUUCGGCUACUGGACCUGCGAAGUCGAUGGCCAUCUUUAACGGCGAAUCGUGGCAGAAAGCACGAAGCUCUCUUUUCACAGCUCCACCGCCCAAUCCGAGGGCUUUCGUGUUAUCAGGGAAAGGCAAAGAGGGAAGUCCAGACGAAAUCGAGCUAGUCAGAGUGCACGGAGAAGGGCGGAUAGAGCUUGUGAGGCGAUCGAGCCCUUCAUUCUGGAUCAUCCUGAGCGAGACGACCCCUCAAGAUCUCAUCAUGGAGUUGGGAGCACCAGACUCCAUCUACAGGAAGAAUGACCAUCGACUUUCGAUACACAAAGACCGCAGGAUAAGCGACGUUUCUGAGACCUCCGGUGCAAGACUUACGCCCGAUGAGUUGCUUGGUUCAGACCGCGGCUCAGCAAUCGACACAGACAACGAUGAUGAUUGGGAAGGUGACAACGAAGCUGCCAUAGAAGUGCAGGAACGCGAAGUCGCGGCGGCUGAGCACUUCUACAACUAUUAUCAUCAUGGGUUUGACAUUCUCAUAUCCCAGCCUACACAAAUAUCUCCGCCCUCGCAAACAUCAGACAGCAGCACAUCGGAAGCUCAGGGCGAACUGAGUGCGCAACCCCUCAACCACCUUACGGCCACAAAAAUUAUAUUCCACGGCAAUGUACCUGGAUCAUACCAAUUCAAUCGCCACCGGCGUUGUCGAUGGACUUUGGAUCACGUUCCUUCCGAACUCCGAAGAGAGCCGUUGAACUCCGAGAUGAGUUUUGCGGAUAUCUCGAGGGAGCUCAAAAACGUGCAUCGAGAGUACUAUGCAACUGAAGAGGAGGAACGCUUGCAGCAGCGUGGAAUGGCUCUGAAUAGAGGUUGGGGCGAUAGUCCGGGCAGCAGCGUCGAACUUUUAGGUGGCUGGGAGGAUAGCUCCAACAAGAAGAGCAAGUUUGCGAACGCAGGCUCUGAUUUGUUAGAAGGUGCUGGAGAUGUAGGAAAUGUCGAGCUCUUCGGGUUUCCGGGCAUGGUAUUUGAGGUUUUGAAGAACGGAGCUGUGAGCUCGCUCACAGUGUACUGA